AUGGCGAGUCAGGUCAAACUUGACCUGAUAGCUAGUGGAUUUGUACCUAAGCCCGAAAAGUCGACCUGGUUACCUGUUAGGAAUUUGGUGUUUUUGGGAAAUUUUAUCAAUACUGUAGAAGAUACGCCCAAUGGGACCGCUCAUGGGAUGUGGUCGGAUACAGAGAAGGCUCAAAGUUCUACCUGGCGGGAACUUGCCGCUGUGAAAAAUGUUAUUUUGUCCAUAUUACAUGUGUUUAGAGACAAAAGAGUUAAGUGGUUCACAGAUAACCAGAAUGUGGCUUUCAAAGACGAUCUAUCGAAUUUGCCGGGUAAAUUAGCCGACAGUGUAGCUUUACUACCGGACUUGUUGACAGAGUGUAAAGCCGCUGCAACCGCUAAGAUUGUAUCAUCACGGGUUUCUAAGAUGGAGGAGACGAUAUCGAAAACAUCCAGCGGUACAUUAAAAGACAGGGGCCAAAAGUGGGAAGACAGGGGCCUACAAUGGGAAGACAGGGGCCUACAGUGGGAAGACAGGGGCCUACAGUGGGAAGACAGGGGCCUACAGUGGGAAGACAGGGGCCUACAGUGGGAAGACAGGGGCCAACAGUGGGAAGACAGGGGCCAACAGUGGGAAGACAGGGGCCUACAGCGGGAAGACAGGGGCCUACAGCGGGAAGACAGGGGCCUACAGUGGGAAGACAGGGGCCUUAGUAACAGUGGGAAGACAGGGGCCAACAGUGGGAAGACAGGGGCCUACAGUGGGAAGACAGGGGCCUACAAUGGGAAGACAGGGGCCUACAGUGGGAAGACAGGGGCCAACAGUGGGAAGACAGGGGCCUACAGUGGGAAGACAGGGGCCUACAGUGGGAAGACAGGGGCCUACAGUGGGAAGACAGGGGCCUACAGUGGGAAGACAGGGGCCAACAGUGGGAAGACAGGGGCCUACAGUGGGAAGACAGGGGCCUACAGUGGGAAGACAGGGGCCUACAGUGGUACCUCGACAAACUCAUUUUGUCGGGAAGGAGACCCCAUACCUUUUCACCUUCCUGAGAAACACAAACCAUCUGGGUUGGGAUACGACCACACAUCCAAGAUCAAACCAUCUGGGUGGGGAUACCACCACACAUCCAAGAUCAAACCAUCUGGGUGGGGAUACAACCACACAUCCAAGAUCAAACCAUCUGGGUGGGGAUACAACCUCACAUCCGAGAUCAAACCAUCUGGGUGGGGAUACAACCACAAAUCUGAGAUCAAACCAUCUGGGUGGGGAUAUGACCACACAUCCGAGAUCAAACCAUCUGGGUGGGGAUAUGACCACACAUCCAAGAUCAAACCAUCUGGGUGGGGAUAUGACCACACAUCCAAGAUCAAACCAUCUGGGUGGGGAUACGACCACACAUCUGAGAUCAAACCAUCUGGGUGGGGAUACGACCACACAUCCAAGAUCAAACCAUCUGGGUGGGGAUACGACCACACAUCUGAGAUCAAACCCUCUGGGUGGGGAUAUGACCACACAUCCAAGAUCAAACCAUCUGGGUGGGGAUAUGACCACACAUCUGAGAUCAAACCAUCUGGGUGGGGAUAUGACCACACAUCCGAGAUCAAACCAUCUGGGUGGGGAUAUGACCACACAUCCAAGAUCAAACCAUCUGGGUGGGGAUACAGCCACACAUCUGAGAUCAAACCAUCUGGGUGGGGAUAUGACCACACAUCCGAGAUCAAACCAUCUGGGUGGGGAUAUGACCACACAUCCAAGAUCAAACCAUCUGGGUGGGGAUAUGACCACACAUCCAAGAUCAAACCAUCUGGGUGGGGAUACGACCACACAUCUGAGAUCAAACCAUCUGGGUGGGGAUACGACCACACAUCCAAGAUCAAACCAUCUGGGUGGGGAUACGACCACACAUCUGAGAUCAAACCCUCUGGGUGGGGAUAUGACCACACAUCCAAGAUCAAACCAUCUGGGUGGGGAUAUGACCACACAUCUGAGAUCAAACCAUCUGGGUGGGGAUAUGACCACACAUCCGAGAUCAAACCAUCUGGGUGGGGAUAUGACCACACAUCCAAGAUCAAACCAUCUGGGUGGGGAUACAGCCACACAUCUGAGAUCAAACCAUCUGAGUGGGGAUAUGACCACACAUCCGAGAUCAAACCAUCUGGGUGGGGAUACAACCUCACAUCCGAGAUCAAACCAUCUGGGUAG